AUGAUGAAUCGUCUCCUGCGAUUUCGCCAGGGGUUCUGGAGCGACCUAUACGAAGAAGCUGCUGUGGCGAUUUCCCUCCCGCCGCAGCCUCGCCACGCACCUGACACAACCGGAAUCCUCGCCAGGGCGGAGGGACUUGCGAAGCGUGGUAACCUGUCCAAAUCACUGCAGUCCCUGCAAGCCACACCCGUGUCACCUGCCUCACCUGAAGUACUCGAGGCACUCACGGCGAGACACCCACCUGCUUCCCAAGUUCUCCCCGCUUGGCUACACACCGCCACCACAGACAACCCACCCGCUAUCGAAGCCCGCGACUUCAGGAGGAUUAUCGCGAAGCUCCCCAAUGGAGUAGGGGCGGGCCCCUCAGGAACAACAUUCGAGCACAUCCGCGAUGCAGCUCUAGGAAACGCCGAAGUUUUUACGCACCUCUUAGCACUCUGCAACACGGCACUCGCAGGGAAAUUACCGGCCGUAGCGGGGGAGCUCCUUACCGCCUCUCGCCUGCUAGCAUUUACGAAACCUCACGGAGGGACGAGGCCGAUCGCGGUUGGCGAAUGCAUCCUCCGAAUCAUCGCCAAAGCCGCGCUCUUCCAGAUCGCGCCGGCCGCUAGAUCGCACUUCGUCCCCCUUCAGUUCGGCGUGGCAGUAGCAGGGGGGAUUGAAGCAGCCAUCCACACGGCGCGUACUUACCUGGAGAUCCACCCCGGAGCAGUCGUCCUACUCGCCUACGCCGACGACAUCACUCUCCUCGGUGAAGCGUCGGCGUGCUCCGCGGCCUUUGAGCACCUCACGACCGCGCUGGCCUCCAUGGGGCUCCUCCACAACCCGGCCAAGUGCGCGGCCUGGUCCGCCGCCCCAAUUGACCCUGCCUCCGUUCCCCCCGGCAUCACCAUCUCGAGCGAGGGGCUGCAAGUCCUCGGCAGCCCCAUCGGCACGCCACAGGGCUGCGCAUCGGCAGUAAGGGACAGACUCACGGCGGCAGCUGAACCACUCCCGCUGCUAGCUCAAAUGGACCCACAGCUCUGCCUCCUCCUCCUUACCCGCUGCGUUAGCCGCCGCGCCUCCUUCCUGGCGAGGACAACCCCGCUGGAGGUCCUCCCCGUAGCGGAAUGGUCGGCCUGGGGGGAGCAGCUGCUCCAUACUUUCCUAAAUGCUGCUCACAUUCACUCACCCGCACAUGUGUCCAUCCUCAAAUGCACAUCCCACCCCAACCCACGCACGGCAGAUCGUCCGUUUUUCUGGUCUGUCGCAUCCCCACCUGCUGCACCUGAUUGGCUGGAGCGACCAGCCUCUGGGGCGGCCGGGCGGCAGCAGACGGCUGAGACAAGGCGAGAAGCAGACGGUGGGGAAGCAUGGAUGCAAGGCAGAGCAGUGGGAAGUGCGGGUGGAGAGGACGAAGGGGAGAAAGAGGGGGAAAAAGGGAAGGCGGGUGACCAAUCUGCUGCUUCGUCUGAUUGUCGAGUGGAGGUAGGAGGAGAGGGAGUGGGGAAGGUAGGGAAGGGCGGGAAGGGUGGGGAGAGUGUAAGGGAAGGGAGGAAGGGGAAAGUGGGGCGAACACAGUGCGCACCAGAACCAGAUGUGGGGGAGGCAGGAGGUGGGGCGUGGGAGGCAGAGGGUGGGGGAGGAAGAGAAGAAGGAGCAGAAGCAGGAACAUCAGCAGUAGCAGGAGGAGGAGCAGAGGAAGCAGCAGGAGGAGGAUCAGAAGAAGCAGCAGGAACAGGAGCAGGAGCAGCAGCAGCAGCAGCAGCAGCAGCAGCAGCAGCAGCGGCGUCGGCAUCAGUGGGAGGGAGAGGAGGUGGUGGGGGGAGGGAGCUGCUGCUGCUGUACGAGUGGUCUGACCAAAAGACACUGUGUGCUCGCUUGCAGACACAGAGGGAGUUGAUGAUACAGGGCAGAGACAGAGACGCACAGUCACCCCAACCGCUCGCUUUCUCUCAGCGAUUGGACAUAGCCACGGCCAUUGCAGAGGCACUGUGCCAUCUGCACACGGCCGCCCAGCCCCCUCUGGUGCACCGCCGCCUCUGCUCCUCCUCCGUCUUUCUUGAAGUGCUGCCUGUGGCCCGGUUGGCGAAUCUCGGCAUUAUCAAGGGCCUACCCAGCUCUCCCAGCUUAAUGCAGCAGUGCCACGUGGCAGCUUCUCAUAGGGACCCGGACUGGUGGGAGCGCAUGUGGCCAACCCCCCGCACCGACAUCUACGGCCUGGGAAUCAUAAUGCUCGAGUUGUUCUCGGGCUGUCCAGCCACCACCACGGACCAAGCCACUGCCAGCACCGCCACCUUCGAUGUGCGCCAGAUGCUGCAGAGCAUAGCAACAGACGAUCUUGCUACAGUCCUCGAUCCCUCCAUAGCCGCCCAGUCAAUGCCAUUCCGUCCCAUCCGCUCGUUCGCCCGCCUCGCCGCCCGCUGCGCCGCCCACGCCGCCCGCUCUCGUCCCGACAUCAGCACAGUGGUAUCAGAGCUGCAGGGGAUCAGCCGGGCAAUGAUUCGACUCAGCAUGGCCCGCACCACUGCCCACAACUCGUUUGUGUCACGCGCAGACUCUUGCCUCGACUCUCCAGAUGGUUCCGAGGAAGAUUCACCUGAAGAUUCACCUGGAGAAUCACUUGCUGCUUUGCCUGAAGAUUCGCAUGCUGGCUCACGAGAGGCGCAAACAGAAGAGCUGGUUGAACCUAGCUGGAAUGGCAGAGGGCAGUUUCAGAAGCUCAGUUGA